AUGGAGUGCCUUGCCGAGAUGCCGCAUGCGCCGCUCGACCGCCGCCCGCGCAAGCGGCAGCGCCUUGGCUGGGAUGUCGGCCCCGAGAUCCCUCAGCUAAAAAAACUGUGUGGGGAAGAAGUCGCAAAUGUAAUUAGUGCUAUGACAAUGGGGCUAUCUUCUGGUGGUAUUGUUUCCUCUCAGGAGACCCAAGGGCUUUUUCGUUUUGUGACGCCUCCUCUGAGAGAAGAUGACAAGGAUGGACAUUAUGUUUUUGCUGUUGGAGACAACCUGACAUCACGCUAUAGGAUUAAUGCAAAAAUGGGUGAAGGUACCUUUGGUCAGGUGUUGGAAUGUUGGGACAGGGAACGGAAAGAAAUGGUUGCUAUUAAGAUCAUCAGAGGAAUUAAGAAGUACAGGGAUGCUGCAAUGAUAGAAAUUGGCAUGCUCGAGCAGCUUUGUAAAUAUGAAAAAAGCAGAUCCAGUUGUGUUCAAAUUCGGAACUGGUUUGACUAUCGUAACCAUAUCUGUAUUGUCUGUGAGAAGCUUGGGCCAAGCUUAUAUGAUUUUCUGCGGAAAAACAGUUACCGCUCAUUCCCAGUUGCCAUAGUUCGGGAGGUUGCCAAACAACUGUUGGAAUGUCUAGCAUUUAUGCAUGAUUUGCGCCUCAUUCACACUGAUUUAAAGCCCGAGAACAUUCUUCUUGUUUCUCCGGAGUACAUUAAAGUUCCUGAUUAUAAAGUUUCAUCCUGUUCACCGAAGGAGGGAUCCUACUACAAGCGUGUGCCCAAGUCCAGUUCAAUAAAGGUUAUUGAUUUUGGCAGCACAACAUAUGACCAGCAGGACCAGACCUAUGUCGUUUCUACUAGGCAUUAUCGUGCUCCGGAAGUUAUCCUGGGACUUGGAUGGAGUUACCCAUGUGAUAUCUGGAGCGUUGGGUGUAUACUAGUUGAACUCUGCACGGGAGAGGCGCUGUUUCAAACCCAUGAAAAUUUGGAGCAUCUUGCUAUGAUGGAGAGGGUGCUUGGGCCGUUGCCAUAUCACAUGCUCAAGAAGGCCGAUCGACAUGGUGAGAAAUAUGUGAGGAAGGGCCGUUUAAACUGGCCUGAAGGAUGUGCUUCACGGGAAAGCAUGAAAGCUGUCAUGAAGCUGCCUCGGCUUCAGAAUCUGGUGAUGCAAAACGUAGAACAUUCUGCUGGGGACUUCAUCAAUCUUUUGCAAGGGCUGCUGAGUUAUGAUCCAGCAAGCCGCCUAACGGCCCAAGAGGCCCUUGAGCAUCCAUUCUUGACGGAGCUGAGUGAGCGAAGAAGAUGA